UUCUAUGGUUUAGUGCCAAGCUUUGUCAAUGAUUCUCUCAAGAAUCGUUUACGCGGGAUACAAUUAGGGAAGUCGGCAUUUUUCCUGAUUCUAUUAAAAGUAGUUUGUUUAUAUUUUUACAUUCAAACUUCAGGUCAAAAACUUAUUAUCGGCUUUAAUAGAUUGAAGUCUGAAUAUUUGUGAAUUUGUGAUUAUUUUACACUGUGAUGGGCUGUUCAAUGCAUGAAUUAAUGUGAUACUGGUUUAAAAAAAAAAUCAAAGCGAAGCCAAGAAUCCCAGAAGAAAUAUUUGCAAAAUGAGUUCAGCAGUAGAAAAUGGGGCUGGAGAUGGGACUUCAAAAAAGAAAACCAUCGAAGGUAUUUACCAAAAGAAAUCGCAAUUGGAGCACAUUUUACUGCGUCCUGACACUUACAUUGGCUCAGUUGAGUUUGUUACUGAAAAUAUGUGGGUGUAUGAUAAAGAAAAGGAAAUGAUGGUACAGAGGGAAAUAAAGUAUGUUCCUGGUCUCUACAAAAUUUUUGAUGAAAUUCUCGUAAACGCUGCUGAUAAUAAACAGCGAGAUCGAAAAAUGGAUCAGAUUAAAAUAGAUAUUGAUGCCGAGAACAAUACCAUAUCUGUAUGGAACAAUGGUAAAGGUAUUCCAGUUGUUAUUCACAAAGAAGAAAAUAUGUACGUGCCAACAAUGAUUUUUGGUCAUUUGUUGACAUCUUCAAACUACGAUGACGAGGAAGAGAAAGUGACUGGCGGUAGAAAUGGAUAUGGAGCGAAAUUGUGUAAUAUUUUCAGUCACCGGUUCACUGUAGAAACUGCCUGUAAAGAAUACAAACGAUGUCUCAAGCAGACGUGGGGAAAUAAUAUGGGGAAAGCCAGUGAGCCUAGAAUUAAAGAAUUCGCUGGAGAUGAUUUUACAAAGGUCACUUUCUCGCCUGAUUUAUCUAAAUUCAAAAUGCAAUCGCUGGAUGAUGACAUCGUUUCGCUAAUGUCUCGGCGGGCAUUUGAUGUAGCUGCUUCUUGUGGGGGUGGUGUAAAAGUUUACCUCAAUGGCCACAAAGUCCCCAUUAAAGGAUUCAAGGAUUACAUAGACCUGUUCGUUAAAGGCAAAGAAGAUGAUGUUGGAAAUCCUCUGAAAAUUUGCUAUGAAAAAUGCACAGAACGCUGGGAAGUUGCAAUGACAUUGUCUGAUAAAGGUUUUCAACAAAUGUCCUUCGUCAACAGUAUCGCCACAACAAAGGGUGGCCGACAUGUUGAUCACGUAACGGAUAUGAUUGUGAAGCAACUUACGGAAACGCUCAAGAAGAAAAAUAAAGGAGGCAUUGCCAUAAAACCAUUCCAAAUUAAAAAUCACAUGUGGAUUUUCAUCAACUGUCUUAUCAAUAAUCCAACUUUUGAUUCGCAGACUAAAGAGAAUAUGACUCUUCAAGCUAAGAGUUUUGGCUCCAAGUGCUCACUUAGUGAAAAAUUUAUAACUAGUGUAACGAAAAUAGGAAUUGUUGAAUCCGUUCUCUCGUGGGCGAAAUUUAAAGCAGACAGUCAACUACAAAAAUUAGGUCCAAAAUCAAAGCAAAGGAAGCUUCAAGGAAUACCAAAAUUGGAAGAUGCUAAUGACGCAGGUACUGGUAGAUCUAUGGAUUGUACCCUGAUUCUGACCGAAGGAGACUCAGCUAAAAGUAUGGCUGUUGCUGGACUUUCUGCUGUUGGUCGUGACAAAUUUGGUAUCUUUCCAUUAAAAGGUAAAAUUCUGAACGUAAGAGAGGCAACUCACAAGCAGAUUCUCGAAAACGCCGAAAUCAACAAUUUGAUUAAAAUUCUUGGCUUACAAUACAAAAAAAAGUAUGAAUCGAGGGAUGAUAUGAAGACUUUGCGCUAUGGAAAACUUAUGAUUAUGACAGAUCAAGAUCAGGACGGUUCACACAUUAAAGGACUUUUAAUAAAUUUCAUUCAUCACAAUUGGCCGUCCUUGUUGAAGCUCAAUUUCGUAGAGGAGUUUAUUACGCCAAUCGUGAAAGCAAGAAAAAAAAAUGUAGUCAAAUCUUUUUAUUCCCUACCAGAGUUUGAGAUUUGGAAAAAAGAAACUGAAAAUUUCCACACCUACAGCAUUAAAUACUACAAAGGUUUGGGCACCUCUAAUAAUACUGAAGCAAAGGAGUACUUUAAUGACAUGGUGAAACAUCGAAUCAAGUUCAAGUACGAGGGUGACCAGGAUGAUCAGAACAUUAUUAUGGCUUUCAGUAAAAAGUGCGUAGACUUGCGAAAAGAUUGGUUGACUAAUCAUAUGGAAGAAACGAAGAGAAGAAAAGAAACCGGUCUCAACGAGAGGUAUCUGUACCAAAAGGACACGCGCGCUGUCUCAUUCUCUGACUUCAUCAACGUGGAACUGGUUUUGUUCAGCAACUAUGACAACGUGAGGUCGAUACCAAAUAUGAUUGAUGGACUGAAGCCUGGCCAGAGGAAAGUUAUGUUUACUUGUUUCAAACGGAAUGAUAAAAAGGAAGUGAAAGUCGCUCAGUUGGGAGCAUCUGUUGCUGAAAGGUCUGCUUAUCACCAUGGUGAAGCGUCGCUUAUGGCAACCAUAAUAAACUUGGCUCAAGACUUUGUUGGGACUAAUAACAUCAACCUGUUGCAGCCUCGCGGUCAAUUCGGCACGAGGCUCGUAGGUGGAAAAGACGCGGCCAGUCCGAGAUAUAUUUUUACUAAGCUCAGCCCAUUGGCACGUUUCAUCUUUCAUAAAGACGACGAUUUUGUACUCAGAUACGAGUAUGACGAUAACAUAAAAAUUGAGCCUGUCUAUUAUGUACCAGUCAUACCAAUGGUACUGGUUAAUGGAGCUGAUGGCAUUGGAACAGGUUGGAUGACAAAAAUCCCAAACUAUGAUCCACGAGAAAUUAUCAGCAAUCUACGUAGGAUGAUGGAUGGUGACGAACCGAAGCCAAUGAAACCUUAUUAUAAAAACUUUCUUGGAAGUAUUGAGCCCUGUGGUGAAUUCCGAUAUGUAAUCAGUGGUGUAAUCUCGGUUAUUGGACCUGACAAAAUUGAAAUAACCGAAUUGCCCAUUGGAAUGUGGACACAAACAUACAAGGAAACUGUCUUGGAACCAAUGUUACACGGCUCUGACAAAUCACCAUCUGUUAUUACAGACUACAAGGAAUACAACUCUGACGAAUCGGUCCUUUUCAUUGUGACAAUGAGUCGUGAAAAAUUACAAGAAUUUGAAAGAGAUGGUCUUCAUAAAGCAUUUAAAUUGCAAACUACUACGUCAAUUACAUCAAUGUGUGCCUUCGAUGAAAAUCAGUGUCUACAGAAGUACGACAAUGUUCUUCAGUUCAUGAAUAAUUUUUAUAAAGUCAGAUUGGAAGUAUACCAUAAAAGAAAGGAGUACUUGGAAGGUGCUUUGAAAGCUGAAGCGACCAAAAUCUCUAAUCAGUGUAGAUUUAUUAUCGAGAAAUGCGAUGGCAGUUUAGUUGUCGAAAAUAAGAAAAAGAAGGAAAUGAUUGCCGAACUCGUGCGCAAGAAGUAUGACUCAGAUCCCGUCGUAGCAUGGAAAUUGACUCAAAAUCGAGAAGAAGUUCUGGAGGAAGUAGCCGAGGAGGUAGAGGAUGAAAUUUCAGCAACAACGAUACAGACGGAAAACUUUGAUUAUCUUCUUGGCAUGACGUUAUGGAAUUUAACAAGAGAAAAGAAAGACGAUUUGCUCCGUCAAAAAGAUGAAAAAUUGACUCAACUGAAGAAUUUACAAGCACGAACACCAACAUGUCUAUGGAAAGAAGAUUUAGAUAAUUUGUUGCAAGAAUUAAAUAAAAUCGAGGACAAAGAAAAAGAAGAAUCAAAAAAAUAUCAAAAAAAUAUGAAGAAACCUCCUCCAAAGUUUUACAAUUCUGGUGAAAUGCGAAAAAUAGUUCCAAUUAUUGACGGUGAACUGAAAAAGAAAAUAGAAAAGGCAGACAUUGUUUCGAAAGAUAAAAAAGAAGGAAUAAAAAAACAGCCCAAAGUGAAGAAAGAGAAAGAAGAUAAAGACGAAUUUGAUGCUCUGGUUGAAAACAAUGCUAAAAGUCUUGAUGACAGACUGGGUAGCUCACCAGAAAAAAUAGAUAAGAAAGGGAAGAAAGGAGGUGCUAGACAAACAACUCUUCCAUUCAAACCAAUUAAGAAAACUAAAAAGAAAGAUUCUACUAGUGAUGAGAGUGAAGAUGAUCCUGAUGUUGAUGAUAUAGAUUUCGAAAGUCUUUCACCGCCUCCUCCUCGGGCAAAACCAAGUUCAGAAGAACUUUUCGAUUCCUUAGUCAACAAUUCAUCGCCAGAUGAGAAACCAACAAGGCCUACUAUAAUUUCUUCCGGCGAAGAUUCACCCAUAAAACCUGCAGCUAAAAAAGCUCCUAGAAAGAAAUCUGAGAAUGGUAGUGGUAAAGGACCAAAGAGACCACGACAGAAAAAGAAGGUGCUGAAAUCUUCUGGAUCCGAAUCCGAUGAUAUUUUUGAAGUAAAAACGAGCCCCGCCAAGAAACGUAAGAAGAAUUCUGACUCAGAGGAUGAAAAUAUGUCGGACAGCUCCCCUCCACCGCGCACAACAGCCAGACGCGCUAGAAAACCAGUGUCGUAUGCUCUUAAGUCAGACAACGAAAUGAGUGAUUCAGAUUAAGCACAAAAACGUUAGACGUACGUAAUGAGUGCAAAACACGGAAGAAGUCAAUGUUUUAAUUGCAUUCCAUUUGUUACUUUAAUACAAUUUACGUAAAUUUGUCUAGGUAGUAUUUUUAUUACUUAAAAAACUUACCGAAACAGUAUGACUUGUGGCUAAUGAUCAGUUACAUUAGUUCAUAAUGCGCUUGCAAUUCAGAUCAUUACUAAUGUACAAACGGGUAAUUAUAAUGUAUCAAAAAAGUGUUAAAAUUAAUCAUUAGACCAUAGAUAUUUAUUAAAACUAUAGUUUAAUAAUUAAAUUUAAUAUUUUCAGAAUUAAUUUUAAGUAAAAAAUCGUUUCCAUAUUCUUUUAAUACGUAUUGGUGAUUUAAUUCAUGAAAUUGAAAAUGUUAAAUUUAUAAUUAAUAUAGAAAAAAGAUCUCGUGUACAUUUGGCGAUACAUUUUUAAAAGUUUGUCAAAUUUCUUUGCUUUUAUAGUCGAUUUAAAGCUUUUCUUUUAAAACAUAUUGUAUUACAUGUUUAUAGUCAAUUUUAUUGGCUGAAGAAUACUCGAAAUUAUAAUUAAUAAACGUGUUUGUACUGCAAUAAUGACUUACUUAUUACACUGUGUUACAGAAAAGAAAAAUAAACUUACUUUUAAUCUGA